GCAUUUGAGAAGAACUUUACUUGCUGACGGAUGUCACAUACCAACAAUCUGAUGUAGACAGAAAGCUAUAAAAGUGCGGACACAUGUCCGCGCUCAGACCAUGAAGGCGUGCGCUCCAUCGAGGACCAUGAUAUGAUAACAGACCUUUCUUUUACGCACGUUUACGCAAACGCAAUAACAGCCACACAUGGUUUUUCCAAUGGAAUCAAAUCCUAUGAUUUAUGGCGAGGAUUGUUGAAGUGAAGAUAAAAUGAAAAUAAAUGGCAGCCGCUUGAUGAACAGUUCUUCACUGAGCCCUCACGAGAUCACCCUAAAUCGCCCACCCUGGGUCGCCACAACUUUGGGCAGCUUUCUGAUCUUCACAAUCGUGGUUGAUAUAUUGGGGAACCUCUUGGUGAUCUUCUCCGUGUACAGAAACAAGAAACUUCGAAACGCAGGGAACAUAUUUGUGGUGAGCCUGGCAGUAGCUGACCUGGUGGUAGCCGUCUAUCCUUAUCCUCUCGUGCUGGUCUCCAUUGUCCAUAAUGGAUGGAAUUUGGGAUUCGUCCACUGCCAGAUCAGUGGAUUCCUGAUGGGACUGAGCGUGAUUGGAUCUAUAUUUAACAUCACUGGCAUUGCCGUCAAUCGCUACUGCUAUAUCUGUCACAGCCUCAAGUAUGACAAGCUGUACAGCGACAAGAACUCGCUUUUCUACGUCCUUCUCAUCUGGAUACUGACCGUGGUCGCUAUAGUGCCAAACUUUUACGUCGGCUCCCUGCAGUACGACCCCAGGGUCUACUCGUGUACGUUUGUGCAGUCUGCCAGCUCAGCAUACACCAUCGCCGUCGUCUUCUUCCAUUUCAUUCUUCCAAUCAUGAUUGUGACGUACUGCUACCUGCGGAUCUGGAUCUUGGUGAUCCAGGUGAGGAGACGCGUCAAACCCGAGUUCCGGCCCAAACUCACGCCGCACGACAUAAGGAACUUCGUCACCAUGUUUGUGGUGUUCGUUCUUUUUGCCGUCUGCUGGGCCCCUCUUAAUUUCAUCGGCCUGGCAGUCGCUAUAGACCCCGAGCGGGUCGCACCCCUCAUCCCGGAGUGGUUUUUUGUAUCCAGUUAUUUUAUGGCCUAUUUCAACAGCUGCCUUAAUGCCAUAGUCUACGGACUGCUGAAUCAGAACUUCAGACGAGAGUACAAAAAAAUUAUUGUCUCACUCUGUACUGCGAAAAUGUUCUUCCCAGAGAGUUCAAAUGAUGCUGCAGAUCGGAUCAAAAGCAAGCCAUCUCCUUUAAUGACAAACAACAACCAAGUCAAAGUAGAUUCGGACAAUGGCAGAGGAGAGAAGGGAGCUCAGGACUCAAACUCAAGUUGCCCGAAGGAUAACUGCACAUUGGGUCAGAGCACUGCCCACAAGGCUCUGUGGUUCCAACAGUGUUUGGUUUGCAAUUCUUUUGCAACAACUUUACUUUUUAGCUGAUGCCAUACAUGUCACACAGGCUUCUGGAUAAUGUUGACCAAAUAGCAGAUCAAAAAAGCAUACCAUCAGAUAAGAAAUAAAAAAGAUACC